AUGGGUGUUCCGUCUAGGAAAGCGCGGUGUUGCAUCCCUUCUCAAUCUUCAAUCAUUACUUCUUUCUCAUUUUAUACUUCCCCAACUGUGUUAGCAGAGGUACCUGUUAGUACUAGUGUACCUGUUAGGGUACCUACUAGUGUACCUACUAGUCUACUUGUUAGUUCAAGUAAUCCCACCUCUCCUACGGAUCUUUCCAUAACCUCAAGUCCCUUUCCAUCUAGUAUAAGCACAUUGGCUCCCGAUAUACCUAAAACAAUUUCUACUUCUCCAACUGGAAUCGUUUCAUCUACAAAUAAUACUACAAUAGCAAACGGAUAUUUACCAAUAAUAAUCUCAAUAUCGAUAUUUAGUACUCUUUUAAUUGGUGCUCUGAUGUUCGCUUACAUUCGAUCCAGGCAUAAACGACAACGCCAAAAUGCGCUUGCUACUGCUAUAAUAGCUGCUGAAGCCGGACUUGAUGAUAAUGGAAUUCGAGUUGCAAUUAGUCAACCAAGAUCUCCUCCAAGAUAUAAAAUUUCAACCCUUCAAAUAGAACCAAUGACACGACGUUUAACAAUGAAUCUUCAUCAAAAAGGUAAGAGUAUCGUAGUAAACGAUGAUAAUGAUGUGGAUACAGAUCACGUGGUCAACGUUGUUUCUAUAAGUGAAGUGGUUCUCGAAAACAGACAAAACGAAAAUUUAAAUUUUGGUAAUUUAUUUAGUAUUUCCUCAUAA